CACUCUACGGUACAUACAGAUUCGCCCUGGCAUGGCUGCGAACGAUCUUCCACGGUGCAGCUUGACUGGCGAAGGACGUGGUAGUUUCUCUUGCAGAGUAGGUUUCCCCGGCGCAAGACACAGGUAUGCUUGUUCGGUUGACAUCUUACCGCCACACCGCGUGCGGGGUCGGGCUUUAUUCCGAGAAACCUCUAUCGCACACACAAGGUUCCUCGCCGAAGUGGUGUGUGGGUGGGAGGGAAUCCCUUUUUUCUUCCGAGGUGCUAGGUCGGCGCGCUUCGGGUCGACAAGACAAUCGUUUCGUCACGCCGAAAUUCGCAAGGCCGGCGAAGAAGGACAGGCAGCCCCACCUAGAGAGAAGUGCUAAGGUCCGCCCUCCCACCCCCCUUCGCUCGCUCACUCCGCUUUCGUCAUCCAAGUGCGCACCGGGUUCAUAUUUCGCUCAAAAACCCUACUCUCUCCUUCUUCUUCCUUCUCUUCUCCUCUUGAUCCGAUCAAACUUCCAUACCUUCACCAAACAAACAAAUCUACCUCUUACAAAUCACCAAACAAUCAAAAUGGGUGCCACUGAUGUCUUGUCGCGGAAGAAGGGUGUCAUCGUUGGAGACGAUGUUCUGAACCUGUUCAAAUACGCCCGCGAGCACAAGUUCGCCAUCCCCGCUAUCAACGUUACAUCCUCCUCGACCGUCGUUGCUGCGCUCGAGGCUGCCCGCGACUCCAAGGCCCCCAUCAUCCUGCAGGUUUCCCAGGGUGGUGCCGCCUACUUCGCCGGAAAGGGCGUCUCCAACACCGACCAAUUCGCCUCCAUUAACGGUGCCAUCGCCGCUGCCAACUACAUCCGCAGCAUUGCCCCCGCCUACGGCAUCCCCGUGGUCCUGCACACCGACCACUGCGCCAAGAAGCUCCUUCCCUGGCUCGAUGGUAUGCUCGAUGAGGACGAGAAGUACUUCAAGCAGCACGGAGAGCCUCUCUUCUCUUCCCACAUGAUCGAUCUCUCCGAGGAGGAGAAGGAGGAGAACAUCGCCAUUACCAAGAAGUACCUGGAGCGCGCAGCACCCAUGAAGCAGUGGUUGGAGAUGGAAAUCGGAAUCACCGGAGGUGAGGAGGAUGGUGUCGACAACACUGGUGUCGACAACUCUGCUCUGUACACCCAGCCCGAGGACAUCUACGAAGUGUACGAUGCUCUCGUCUCCGUCUCCCCCUACUUCUCCAUUGCCGCCGGGUUCGGAAACGUCCACGGAGUCUACAAGCCCGGAAACGUGCACCUCCACCCCGAGCUCCUCGGAAAGCACCAGGCCUACACCAAGGAGAAGAUCAACGGCUCUGAGGACAAGCCCCUGUUCCUCGUCUUCCACGGUGGUUCCGGAUCCACCAAGGAGGAGUUCAACAUUGCCAUCGGUCACGGUGUUGUCAAGGUUAACUUGGACACUGAUCUCCAGUUCGCAUACCUCGAGGGUAUCCGCGACUACAUGCUCAACAAGAAGGAGUAUGUGUUGAAGCAGGUCGGUAACCCUGACGGCGACGACAAGCCCAACAAGAAGUACUUCGACCCGCGAGUGUGGGUUCGCGAGGGUGAGAAGACCAUGGCCGUCCGUGUCAAGCAGGGGCUGUCGGACUUCAACACUUCCAACCAGUUGUAAAUGUUUUCUUCCUCUUUUCUUGCUGGUCUGGAACGGAAUUGUCUAGGGUCUGGGUGAAGGGCAAUCAUUGAAAUGGAAUUGUUCAAACCCAAAACGAUUGUCGUGCUCCACGUGAAGAUGUGAUGUGAUGUGAGCUAAAGCUCUACCCUA